CAUAAUGUGACUGUAAAAACAGAUUCAGGUCAUGGGUUAUACCUACACCACAAACACACACAUAAACAAACACACUCACACACACACACACACACACACACACACACACACACACACACUCACACUCACACUCACCUCCUGUCUGCUUGUCACCAUCAGCCGUGACAGGAAGCAUCAGCUCUCGUUCUUUGUGCCUCGGAGGAGGAGGUUUUCUUUGAGCAGCUGCUAAUGUUUUAACCUCCUCUUAGACAGAACUUUUAAUUGAGUUUAAUUCGCUGACGGCUUUUUGAUAAAGCGCUUGAAUUAGGUGUUGAGUUAUAACAAGUUGUUGAGUUGGGGGAAUCUAUACAUUCAGAGCUGGACAUGAGUUUGGGUCCCACCGAGAGUCUGGGUCGCGACAUUAGUCAGGAGGAGCUGGACUUCAAUGACCUGUUCCUGUAUAAUCCUCCUGGAGAGGAUUUCCCUGUCGGCUGUGACAAAGAUGAUCCAGUCGUCCUCUUUCAGAAUGUCAAGCAGCCUCCUCUGCUGGUGGUCGACCAUCACGCCGCGUACGUCUCCAGCUCCAUCCAUCCAGCCUCCGGCCACAGCUCCUCCUCUCGCAGCCCCACCACGGAGGACCUGACAGGGGCUGUGUUUGAGUCUUUGGGCCUGGUAUCCAGACCAGAGAACAUACCCGCUCCCAGCCCCAGAAUUGAGAUCACUCCCUCAGGCGACUCCCUCAGCUCGCAGACCCUGCAGCCCAGCCCUAGCUCCAAAGUCCUGGCAGCCUACAGGGAGUGUGUGAGCCCUGCCAGCAGCAACUCCUCCACAGGAUGGGCAGCAGAGACCUACUCUCCAGCGGCGUCCCCAUGUGUCUCUCCUUCCAAUAGAAGUGGCUGUAGCGUGGGGUUUACCGCCUUAGACCUGUGCCCGGGCCUCCAGGGCAUCCACACCUCCUCUGCCCACUCCUCUCCAGGAGCCUCGCCUCGCAACAGCGUCACAGAUGAGCCCUUUCUCCUGCCACAGCACCAACGUGCUGCUGCACCACUCCUCCAGCAGCGCUCCCAUUCGCCACAUGGGAAGCGAGCCUAUGUGCAGGCCCACUCCUUUCAGGGGGGCACUCCUGUCAAACAGCGCUCCAGGAGCCCGAGCCCCAUCCCCUCUCCGCUUGAGCAGCAGGGGUCCCACUAUCUUCACCAGACCCAAGCGGAGUUUCAGACCCAGGUUCAGGGUCUCGGCGAGGAAUGGAGCUCCAGUCUUUCCAGACCAGUGCCCUCUGUCCUGGUGCAGGGUGCACAUGGGCAGGCCCAGAGGCAGGACUGUGUGUAUGGAGAGGUUUAUGACUGGGCCAUCGAGCAGGAGAGGAUUGGUAGGUCUGGAGCCGGGGUGAAGCCUGACAUAGUCUACAUGGUCCCAGCUGUGUGGCCCCCCUCUCAUCAAGUCCAACACGAAAAUUUCAGUGGUCUCUCUGUGGCCCCACUUCCUCAACUAGACAGGCAAUUACCCAGUCAGUCUGGUCAGUAUGAACUGCUGAUCCGGCAGCAGCCCAGGUCUCACCACCGAGCUCACUACGAGACUGAGGGAAGCCGCGGCGCCGUUAAAACACCCAAAGGAGGGCACCCAGAAAUCCAGCUCUGUGGGUAUGAAGGCUCGGCUCCACUGGGGCUGCAGGUCUUCAUAGGCACGGCCGACGAGAGGCUCCUGAAACCUCACGCCUUCUACCAGGUGCACCGCGUCACGGGCAAAACCGUCACCACGCCCAGUAUGGAGAGGAUGAUCAACGGGACCAAAGUAUUGGAGAUCCCUCUGGAGCCAAAGAACCAUAUGAGAGUGGUGAUCGACUGUGUCGGGAUCCUGAAGCUGAGAAAUGCCGACAUUGAACUGAGGAACGGUGAGACGGACAUCGGACGCAAGAACACACGUGUGCGUUUGGUGUUUCAGGUCCACGUCCCCCAGUCCGGAGGCCGGCUCGUGUCUCUUCAAGUUGCCUCUGAGCCCAUUGAAUGCUCCCAGCGAGCUCAGGAGCUCCCCACAGUCGAGAGGCAGGACCUGGACCGAUGCUCGGUGCUCGGGGGUCAACAGAUGGUCCUCACUGGACAAAAUUUCACCCCUGACUCCAAGGUGAUAUUCUCUGAGAAGACACAAGAGGGGCAGCAAAUCUGGGAGAUGGAGGCUACGGUUGACAAAGACAAAACACAAGCU